UGUAGAUCUAAAUCUAUAGGUUCUAUUUAGUGAGUUUUUUGUGUGUAAAAUAUGGCCGCCAAAUUUAAAUAGCUUUAUCGCGAAUCCAAGACGACAAGAGAUAUCAUGGAUUACUGUGAAGUUAGAUCGAGACUCCAAUAUGUGAGUGAAUUACUGGAAGACCUUCGUCACUUUCAUUACAGCAACACCCAUGCAUGUAAAUGUGAUGUUUGUCUCAACAAAGCCGCGCUCCUUAAAAGCAGCAUAGCAAAAGCUUUGGAAGAAGUUUCCUCUGUUGUUCUUAUCCUUGAAACUGGAACCCUGAAAGAUGUGAACAUGAGCAGUAAUGAAAUUUCAUCAAGUUUGAUUGGUUCACCCCAGAGGCAGAUUCUAACCCCAGCAGAGAUGGAGCAUGUUUGCACUAAUUUGAAGAAGGAUAAUUCAACUGUUGAAAAGAAAUUAACUAGUGAUUCAAAUAGCCUCCGACUGUCUGAACAAUGCACCUCUUUGUUCUCUAGCACUCAGAGAGAUUCUGGUAUGCACACCUUGUUGAACUCUCAGUCUAUUUCUCCAAUUCUAGACAGUCACGAGGUUACAACAGAAGAGAUUACAACACCUCCAGUACUUCCUUAUCUGAAAACCAAUAAUCCACUCAGUGUACAUAGUACCAAAGCUAUUAACCAGCAGGAAUCAGUACCAGUUAUGCAACCUUACUUAAGCAACUCUCAGACCCCUACAGCCACACCCACAAAUAAUGCAGGUGCUCAGUCCCAACCUUACUAUCCAGUCUGUCCAAUGUUCCAUUCCCAAGCAACCCCAACAUCCCCUUUCCCUUGUGUGUGGCCUAGUCCAAGCAUGCAAAUGACCCCACAGCAUAACAUGUGGACACCAAACAUGUUCAUGCCUUUUCCCUUUAUGCCUUAUAUGCCUUCACCAAGCAUGUUUCAGGAAACUUGUAGAAGAUUUUCAGAAAACUUUGCCAGGUCUUCUGAGCUUCUUUCAUCCAGUGAGUGUAGAGAGGAUAUCAGAAAUCAAACAUUUUCAUAUUUCCCAUACACCCCACCAUCUGUUUACGGUAAAGCAUCAAGUAUAAACCCUAGUGCUCUCACUCCACACAAUAUUCCUGCACCAAACAGCAAUGCUCAACCUAACCCAAAUUUUGGUUCAACCCCACUUUCUGGCAUAAAUCAAGAACCGGUUUCUGUUCAAACUCAUAAAAAGUCUCCUGUGAUAUUGUUUGAAAAUAAUUCAAUAGGUAAGACAUCAAAACCUACUACAAUAUCAUCUUCUGAAGAUGGAGGAAUGGCAAAUGAUCUAAUACAGAUAGAGAAAGAUUUAGUUGGCAUGACAUUGACUAAGGUUGAAGAUUAUCAAAGUUUAACAUCUAGUACUGAGAAUGUAUUAAAUGAUUGCAAUAAGGUGGUAAAAGAUGUUAAUCUCACCAAUUCUGAUAAGCUGCUGAUCAAUGAAAAUCAUUCUUGUCAAGAUUUGGAUAAAACAAAGUACCAGCCAGAAGAUCCCAUUAUUCAGAAAACUUAUGAAGACUUUAAGAGUGAAGGGUUUCCAUUAGACAUUGAUGAUCCAAUGUGGCGUCCGUGGGAGACACAAUUUAACAUUAUGCAGUUAAUAGGUUCUGAUCAUAGUGAUUCCUUUAGUGCCAACUUGAAAGAUAUGAAUAUAUCAGGUGUUGAAACUUUGCCAAAACCAACAGAAGAGACUAAAACAGAAAACAGUGAUAAGAACAAUACAAGCACACCUGAAAGUAAUGAUGUAGCCCAAGAUGAUGCAUUUUCUGUAAAAAAGGCAUCAGAAGAAACAGGUGCUGACACAGCAAACAAAGAUACAAACAACAUAAGCAUCAUUGAGGUGAAAUCUCCAUUAGCAGAUAUGACUGUUCAUAAGAGCAACAAACUAAAAGAUUGCAGAGAAUCAGCAGAUGAAAUUCAUUUCAAGUUAAAAGAAAACUCACCAAGUCAACUUAAAAAGAAAAGUGAAGAGAGAAAGUCACCAAAGCAUGAUAUCAACUAUUCUCUGACUACUAAACUGACACAAAAAGAGAAGAAAGAACAGCAGAGUAAGCCUGUUCUCAAUGAAAUACCUGUAACCCUUAAUAUGAGCAGCACCUAUUUAAGUAGAUCAUUAAAAGAAACAUUGGUGUCACCAAUCCACGACAAUGAAAAACCAGCUCAUGUUAAAAACAAAGAAAAUGAAUCUGUAAGAUCUGUUAGUCCUCAUAAGUCCAAAAGCUCCCCAAAUAAGAACAGUAAUACCAACAAUAUGUCCUCCUUAAAGCAGAACAACAUCAAGUCUCAAAAGAAUGUUUCCUCUUCUGGAGCGACACCCAAAGAAACAAUGAGCGUUAGAACUUCCAACAAAACUCUGAAUGUCAGCAAAAGUUCUCCUCCGAUGUCUUACAAAAAAGUCCAGUGGGGUGCACCUGCCAUUUUAACAAAGAAAAGUAGCUCCUCUAACAAAUCUGAUGGAGUGUCAGUGUUAGAAAAUGCACAGAAACCAAAGAAAGUUGAAGCUUCACCACGGCUUGUUGACAAAAGAAAAAGUGGAAAGAUUGUUCACGAGAAUUCCAAACACAUCCUAAAAGAUGACUCAUCAGCAAGGCAAACAAUAACAGGGAAAGCUGACAAAUGGAAAACAGACAGGCCAAUGAAGACAGCUAGUGCCACAUUAAACAAAUCAUUGCCUGCAUCCUGCUAUAGUCAGGACCCUACUAGAAAAUUGUCUGCUGUUCCUCUAAUUAAUGAUUCAUAUGAAGCCAAUCAGUCUUUUCCUAAAAUUACCAAAUCAGCAGUCUCAUCAACUGCAAUUACCUCAAAGAAGGAGCAAGAAGUGGGAAAAAACUUGCACCAAAUUGGCACCCCAGUGAUAGAAACCAAGCCUCGUAAUCGACGAUCCAUCUUUGGUGUGUCCCCUCCUGAGUCACACUCAGGUCUGCAGGGAAAAGAAAAGGGCUGUCAGGAAAGUGAAAGUGACAGCUCUCUCAGUGGCCACAGGUCUACCUUAGAGUCCUUGGAGAGUGUAUUUAUAAAGAGAGUCUGGGAGCAUCUUGAUGCCACGGGGGAACUAGGCUUGGUUCCAUCCAUUCAAGAGGUGCUGUUCAAUUGUGUGACCAGUUCAAUAUGUGUUGUGAAUUCAGCAAGGGGAGGAAAGAUUGUAUCACUGAAUGAAUCUUUUCAAUUCCUGAUCGGUGUCCAUGAGAAGGUCAUAGGUCAAAGACUGUUUAGGUUCAUCAAAGUGAAGGAUUCGUUAGAAAAUCUUGGUCAGUCUGUGUCUCAGUCCUUUGUCUUAGCUGACGGCCGGCUAACACAAGUGUCAGGAAAACUGCUGGUCUGUAUUGAUGCUAGAGGUGUAGAGAUACCAGUGAUAGUCUGGACAGUUCCAUUCAGCCCACAGCCACAUCUGACUGUAUGUGUUGUUGAAACCACAGUAAGCACUACUGCAGAUAUCUACUUGAGUUGCUCUGGAAACACACUGAUGUCAUGCUCAAUGCAAGACCUUCUGGGCUAUGAUAGGGGUGUGAGUAUCAUCACGAAAACGGUGGAUACCUUCAGACUUGACUUUUCUCUGAUCAACAAGCAGCAACCUACUACAGUAGAAUCUGUGGAUGGAGAGACACUGCCAGUGACUAUAAUACUCUUCGACAAUCCAGCUAUGGACCCAGAACUAGAUGAGUUAAUGUUCCCAGCGCAGCUGUCUGUCUCUCUUUUCAAAGCUGGACUCGUCAUGGUUGACGCUAAUGGUACAAUCCAGUCUUAUGAUCAGAGGUUCUUUCUCGUCAAUUUUGGCUUCAAUAAAGCAGACAAUAUGGCACAACAUAAACUUUCUGAGUUUCUGUCAGAUGUCAUAAAAAUUGGAGACAAUGUUCAUCCUGGUAAGAAUGUCAGCCCAAGUCAAGAAGCAGAUGCUGUGGGUAUUUCCCUGGGAGAUGUUAGCAGGCUUCAGAAUGGAGAUGAUGGUCAAGAUAAUGAUGGCUUGAACCUUUCCCUUCCUAAAUUGUGUUUCUUAAGUCAAGAUGAUGAUGAAGAAAGUGAUGAUGAGGAGACUUCACUCCAAGAAGAUGCUGGGGGAAAGGAGGAAUGUGGGGAGAGAUAUUCGGUUGUUCCAUCUGUUUCUCCCUACCAAACAUCAACUCCCUGCAAACCUGUGUCCUCUGCUGUAAAAACUUUUACAUCUUUAAAGUUGAACAAAGAAACAGAACUAUCAAAUGUCAGAAUGGACAAUGGCAUUUAUUAUUCAUUAUUCUUGCAUGAAAAUGGAAACAAAAUACCUGUGACCUUCAAGCUCAGCCGUCUUCAGGUGACAGACAGGCCAACACUCUUCUGCCUCUGGUUUUGCCUUCAGUCGUCCAACUCUGAUCCAGAGGAUGAGGAGCUGACAGGGGAUGAAGAAGAUGGGGACAGUUUCAACGAGGCUGAAGACUUACAGUACGAUGAAGAGGAGACUGAGAGUAUGUGCGAGUAUGACAGAACAAUGUUUGAGCUGCAACAUUUACGCCUGGACUGUUCUGGUCACAGCAAUGCUGUUGAUGCAAGCCUGGGCCAGAUGAUAGCUGAUCAGGCAGCCCUAAACCAGUCUUGCAAUGCAUCAAUGAACAUUUCCCACAAUGCUGCCUCAGAUGAGGACAGGCUCGACCUUGAGUCAGCCAUUGCUGGGAAGUUUACCAGUAAAUAUGUUGUUGGGGAGGCUUUGGGUCAAGGUAGCUUUGGUUUUGUCAGGAGGGCCAAAAGAAAAGACUCACAGACUACUUGUGUUGUAAAGUUUAUUAAAAAAAGUAAAAUGUUUGAAGACUCUUGGACUUACCAUGAAGUGUUUAAGAAAGUGCCACUAGAAGUGGCUAUUUUGUCCACUGUUUCCUGUGACCAUAUUAUUAAGCUGUUGGCUGUAUAUGAAAAUCAACACUUUAUACAGAUGGUAAUGGAAGACUUUGGAGAGAUUGAUCUGUUUGAUUUUAUUGAUCUGGUGCCCAUUGAUGAGCCAUUAGCCUGUCAUUUGUUUAAACAGAUUGUCCAAGCUGUGGAUUACCUUCACUCCAAUAGUAUAGUUCACAGAGAUAUCAAAGAUGAAAAUGUUGUUGUGAAUAACUCAUUUCAUUGCAAGCUGAUUGACUUUGGCUCUGCUAGCUACAUGCUACCUUCAGGGGUCAAGUUCACAAAGUUCAGAGGCACCAGGGAGUACUGCAGCCCAGAGGUCCACAACGGAGAAGGUUACUAUGGUCCAGAACUGGACAUCUGGGCUUUAGGUGUAACUUUGUUUACAAUUGUGUUUCAAGAGAAUCCUUUUACAGUCGAAUCUGGACCUUACGAGCUGACAGCAUCUGAACUACCUUAUCCAAUUUCUGAAGAUUUGGCAACAUUGCUGUUUGGUUUGUUGCAAGUGAACCCAAGGCAACGCUACAGCAUGCAGGAAAUCAAUACUAGUGAAUGGUUGCUACAGGAGGUGGAUAUGAGUUGCUACAAAUGGGAAGAAAUGCUAGGGGCCAGAGUUGAUGAGGUAGAUGUCGUGAACUUAACCUGCUGACACAAACGGCAAAACUGACCAAAAUUUUUCCUCAUGAAACUAACUACAGUUUCCCUGGCCCAUUUUUGUGCAUUAUUGUCUUCUUUAUUUGUAAUAGAAAAUCAUGAGGAAUGCUAACCCCUUCAUGCUGAAGUGUUUUAUACAUCAAUUCUUUUGUAUGCUAGUCAAUGAUUGCGCUGUGAAAACUUGUAUUUAUUUAUGUCUAUGUACUCAUUAGGGGUUGUAUCCGGGCCUAAUAUAGCGCUGUAUGAAAUGGAUGCGAAUAAAAAGAUUUUUGUUCUUCUUGCUUAGAAAGACUUGACUUGAGUAAAUGAGUGCACUCCCUACUACUUUGUUACAGUGAUAUUUUUCCCAUGAAGUUAUUGUAGUUUGAUGAUAGUUAAAGCCUCUGAUAAUCUCAAAGUUUUCAUUUAUGUUUUUGUUAAAUAUGCCUAGAAAAAGUCUUGUUAUAAAAGGACAUUUGAUGAUAUUAUUUUAUGCAAUGAUUAAUAAAAAAAAUUUCUUUCACCUUAGGGGCUUACUAAAUCUUUUUCCUUAAACAGCAUCAUUUCUAAAGUUUGUUUUCUAUUGACAUGUACUAAAUGCAUUCAAAGCAAAUACCCAUUUGAUUAUAAAGUGGCAGUGCUCAUAUACUUGUGGCCUUAUUUAAGAACCUUCAAUUAUACCAGUCCAUGCAAUGAUAAUGUUCUAGACACCAGAUGAUUUGUAUAUAUAGCUGUACUACUUUGAUUUCAUUUGUGUUUUGAGCUUUGAUCAAAACUCCCUUUCACAUGGUCAGAUAUGCAGCCUCCAAUAGGUCUGUAUUCCAUGCUGAUAAAAUGAGUUGCACUAGUUUAGAGCCAAACUGGUAUCAGACCUUAAAAAGAGACAUAUUUGGCUAUAAUGCUUACAAUAGAAUCACUGCUGUCCCAUUUUAAUUUUUUAUUGCUUGUGUGGGAAAGAAGUCUUUACAAAAUAUGCCGUCAUUAAGUUUUUCUUAAUCAGGCAAGUUGUGAUCUAUCCAUCAUUUUUUUAAUCUCAUACCUAUCCACAGCCUACCUGCGUGUAAUCCAAAUAGUAAACAUACACAUCUUUAUAUUUUCUGACUUUUAGUUUACUUCUACCAGAUCUAUUUUCCGAUGAACUAUUUAUUUGUUGUAUAUUUUGUAAUCACUUUAUCUCUUUCAAUUUGUGUUUCUACUGUUUGAUACACAUGUUGUAAUUUUAUAAUUCAUCACAAUUCUGGUACUUCAAUAAAAGUUGUUUAAAUUC